CAGGAGGAAGAAAGUUCAUAACUUUUAUCAGUAAAUUCUCGAGAUUGGUGAUGAAACUGUUGUGUCACAAGGAGGACAUCUUUCUUCUACCGAAGCAGAAACAAAAUUCAAAACAAUUAAGGAAAGCUAAUUGUACUCUCUUACUUCAGAAAAAUCAGGAUGAUCACAAAAAGUCAGUUGGUAUGCAGGCGGAUAUGUGUGAACUGGUGGCUAGUGCUAGAAAUACAGGACAGAUACUAGCCACUGAAUACUCUACUAUAAUACCUAGAAAUGAGGAUAUAAAGGAGAGACUGGAGAAGACCAAGAGUAAAAUAAUUAACUCUUAUCAAGGAGAAGAGAAGAAAAGUUACGAGGAACUCAGAGAUAUUUACUCUGAAGAAUAUGGAAAGUUUACCCAGCAGUUCAAACUACUCAAGGAUGAAUUAGAACACGAUCUAGAAACUAGUGGAAGUAUUCUCAGUAAUAUUGAUGCUAGCAGAGAACGCCCAACCCUGGACUUUAAUCUUUUCCCUCCAAAUCUAGUUGAAAAGGAAGAUAUUGUAUUGAGUUAUGAUGGACUACUCAACUCCUGUUUACAAAUAAUAAAACAAGCGGAACAACUCCCCGCUCAUCAACAAUGGGAAAAGUUCCCCCAACAGGAUGUUGGAUUUGGUGUUGAGAGUAUUGAAGGAUUGAAGACUGGAGUUAAAGAAUCUACAAUACAGCUGGAGGAGAUGAAGAAUCAGCUCACCAGCUCUGUUAACCUGCUCAGUAAGCAAUCUGGAGAAGUGGACUGGAUAAGCUUGCUACAGGGAGAGGAGGGGGUUAAAGAAAAGGAUAGUCUACUCCCUCCAACACCAAUCAUCAUCAAAGUAGUAUGGUUUAAUUAAUUUUAAUCAAUCAUCAACUUCUCAUUGAUAAAGUAUG